AUGACAGUUUUAAGCAAGGUUUCGUCAGGCGCUUUGCCUUUGGUUAAGAAACAUUUAGUUGGUCUAAAACCAAAUGAAAUUUACCAGUUAUCCAUUCGUUUAUCUCAUGCUCGUGUAUUUGUUAGAAGACCUGGACAACUUAUUUCCAAUCGUAUGAAAGAUAUGGCACAUUUCUAUUUCUUUGGUAUAGGUCUUUUCCCAUUUCUGCUUAUUGUUACAUAUAACCAUUUUAAAUACGGAAGUUGUGAACUUAAAGAUAUACCUGAAGGAGAGGUACCUCAUUAUUGGCAAUAUGAAAGAACACCUAUGAGGCAAUGGUGGGCAAAGCAUUUUGGUUGUUCAGAUAUUGAAUAUCAUGAAAGAAAUUUGGCAUACUUCGUACGUCAACAAACACUAGCAUUGUGGAGACGCCAACAAGAUCGUGUUAAACAUUUGGUAGGUGAAAGAUUUGACUAUAAAGCUUGGUCUUAUCAACCUGUUUCUGCCAAAUGGGUUGAGCUUGCAAAAUGGCAAAAAUUAAGAGAAAAAACACAGUACGAACAGCAUGGAAGAUAUCCUGAAUAG